AUGCUUCUUACAAAAUGUUUGCCAUUGAUAUGCCUAUCUCUGCUUACUCUGUGUACUGGGAGGCCAUUGUACCCACUCCCUGGUCAAGGAACGAAAAGCUUUAAGCUGCAGACUUCACGUCCUUAUAACAUCGCACACAGAGGUUCCAAUGGAGAGAUUCCAGAAGAAACUGCAGCUGCAUACUUGAGAGCAAUUGAAGAGGGUACAGACUUCAUAGAAACAGAUAUCUUAUCAUCCAAAGAUGGUGUGCUUAUAUGUUUCCAUGAUGUUAUCCUUGACCAAACAACCAAUGUUGCGAGCCUCAAAGAGUUUGCUGAUCGUAAAAGGACAUAUGAAGUCCAAGGAUUCAACAUCACUGGCUUUUAUACUUUUGAUUUUACUCUCAAAGAACUAAAGACACUACGGACAAAUCAGAGAUAUUCUUUUCGGGACCAGCAAUAUAAUGGAAAGUACCCUAUCAUUACAUUUGAAGAAUUCAUAGCUAUUGCUCGGGACGCUCCAAGAGUUGUCGGGAUAUACCCUGAGAUUAAAAAUCCAGUUUUAAUGAACCAACAUGUCAAAUGGCCUGGUGGUAAGAGAUUUGAGGAUAAAGUUGUGGAGACUCUUAAAAAGUAUGGUUACGGAGGUGCAUAUUUGUCCAAGAAGUGGUUGAGAAAACCAUUGUUUAUUCAGUCAUUUGCCCCAACUUCACUCGUGUACAUAUCAGACUUGAUAGACUCACCGAAGGUCCUACUAAUAGACGAUGUAACCAUGCCAACGCAAGAUACUAAUCAAACAUACGCAGAGAUCACAUCAGAUACCUAUUUCAGCUACAUCAAGCAGUACGUGGUGGGGAUCGGACCAUGGAAGGAUACAAUUGUUCCAGUAACGAGCAACUAUAUGCAAGCCCCCACAGAUUUGGUCAAAAGAGCUCAUGCGCAUAAUCUACAGGUGCAUCCGUACACGUACAGGAAUGAAAAUACGUACUUACACUUUAACUUCAGCCAAGACCCAUACAACGAAUAUGAGUACUGGAUCAAUGUGAUUGGAGUUGAUGGACUCUUUACCGAUUUCACGGGUAGUCUCCAUAACUAUCAAGAAUGGACAUCUCCAUUAACUGACACCUCCAAGUCUCCGCGACAUCUCUUGGGUCAAAUUGCUUCACUGGUCCUCCCUUAUUCAAAGGCUUGA